GAUUGUGAAAACUGUUUUUACCAGCAGCUCACCAGGAUUCUAAAUGAUGAGUCAGAAUAGCAAACACUUUUUGUUUAUAUUUUUAUGUCUGGAGACAGCAAGGUGUCUAGUUUGAAAAUCUAACAAGCUAUCAGCUCCAUCUUCCUCUACAUUGUAAGUGAAGCUACAUUACAUACAAGACUGCAUGUCCUGACUCUUGCACAUCCAUAAACAUAUUAAGAUGACAUGUGAGAUUGUACAGCUGACAGUAAACUUUUAUCAUGCAAUAGUAGCAGUUUUGGGAAACCGGGUGGACAAUAAAACCCAUACACAUUAGAGCCCGAGGUCCCCCAGUGUCACACACUCAUCGGAGACACAUGGCGAUGGCAAUGGCGAAGAAGACAGACCACACGACCUCAUGGUAGGUACGAUAGAUGUUUGUCAACGGUAGCAAGCAGAUUAUUGCUUAUUGUUAUCACGCGAUGGAUAUUCCACAAUUUCACAAAAAUACAAAAAGAUUCCCAACUGCUCCUCUAUCAGAAUAAAACUGUUGAAGACGCCGCAAGCAGGUCCUUAACCUUUCUGUACCUGGUUGACCUCUUUAUACGAGACCACAACUCAGAUUCUUGGUCAGUAAACUUGUCAGUCAGGUCAAAGAAGUUGCCCUUGUGUUUGUGUGUGUGACCAGUUAUUUUAUCAGUCAGUGUGUAGCAGUCAGCGGUAUGAAGACGGGGGUAGCAUACAGUAUGUGAGUGAUGUCUCGUCACACCUCCCGGUGCACUUUGCCCUCUUGUGAUGAUGUGAUGCUCUCGGCUGUGUUGAGGUCUGUUGACACCUCGACCGUGCACAUGGACAUCCUGUCAGUAGCAACACUUUUAAAGACCACGAGAAGGUGGUCAACAUGUGGACAACAAUGACAACCCUGAUACUUCUCUGUGUGCUUUCUUGCCUUCAUGCUCAGAACAGCGGCAGCGCCCCCUCACAGCAAGUCCAGCUACAAUCCAAUGGCAUGGACUACGCGCUGUUUGGCUACGACAGUCUCAAGGGAUGCCCUUUGACACUAGGAUAUCACCCGGGCUUUACCUUUCCCAUCUUUUCUGCACAAAGUCACGUGACCGGAGGCAAUGGCGGGCCAUGUGGUGUGGUUCUGUCCCCGGAGGUGUCGUGUGUCACGUCGUUUACGUCGACGGUGGUGGAGACGCCGUACGAACUGACCAAGCUGAUGGCUGUCACCGCACACCUGGAUGCCGAUAAGUGGGGGCCUCCCUUCUCGGCCAGCCAAGACUUUCAAAAGUUCUCCGCGGAACUGAAACAAAAUGUCCUGGUCUUUUCAACAGCUGUGUGCGGUAUCUAUCACGUGAAGCUGUUGCUCUCGGAACCGCCAUCUUUUCAUUCAUCGUUCGUGGAGUGGAUCAUCAAGCUCAACAACACCAAUGACGAGGACAUGUACCUGAAGUUCCUUGACACCUACGGCACCCACUUUGUGUCACGGGCUCGCUUUGGGGCCUCGAUAACGGUCGUGCACAAGAUGGAGGAUAAGGUGUAUCGGCGCCUCACGGAGGGUCACGUGACGUCAGCUGCCAGCUACGUGGCUGCGGCGCUAUUUGGACAACCCCAGACCUCGACCUCUGAUCAACAAAAGGCAGCAAACGAAUUUCAAAAUGAAGUGGAGACAACAACGAUUGCUGUCGGUGUUUCUCUACCUUACGCAGGUAACAGCCUGACUUGGGUCACAGCAGCGAAAGGUCAACCCUCCGCCAUCGACUAUGACCUGACCUCUGUGGAGGUUCUCUUCUCAGACACUCUCAUGGGUAACUCGAGUCUCAUCGGCAGUCAUGGUAUUGACCACGUCAGGAUCAGGAACAACAUCGUGGCUGUCAAGACAAAGUACUGUUGGACUUUAAAGAGACAAGACCUGACAGGUGAGUGUGAAGGUAGUGAAGGUAAGACACUGCUCUCCACAAAGUUGAUGGGUAAGUCGGAACACAGAGCCGCUAAGUCCGCUGACCAGUGUGUCGAGGGAUGCUACCAGCUUCUGAGAUGCGUGGCUGUGAGUUUUUGUCGUGAGUGUGGGCAGACAAACCUCAGCAACAACUGUCAGGUGUUUAGUGCUGGCGACAUCCAGAGAGCAGUGAGCGACCAUGUGGAACACAACCAUCUUAGUUCACAAACUGGAGACUUUUGUAAAACUACAAAACACCACGGUGGUUGUCAACUCUAGUUCUCAGUCUACCAUCUCUACUGUCACCUCCGCACAGGACUGCUUCCCAUCUUGCAUUGAAGAUGCCACGUGCUUGGUCUUCACCUUGAUUGACACCUCUGGGUCCUUACUUACCUGCACGCGCCACACAGACUCGCUUCAGUCCUUGACACAGAGAACAGGUGUCACUGUGUACUUCCUCUCCCCUUUGGUGAAAAAAAUUGUCAGAAGUGGACAGACGAGAGGCCUUGCUCCCUCCUCCAUGUACAACGACUGGACCAAGGCAGCCUGUGUCAUCGACGACGAGUGUCGUCAGGAAAACUCGAUUUGUUUUAUGAACAGGUGCCGCUGUCGUCCAGGGUUCUUCUCGACACUCAACUACACGUGCUCUGCAAACUGUAGCCAAGCUGACCUGCACACCACCUUCAUGGACUACCCUGACAGCGGAAUAAGGGGACACAACAUCGUGGAGCGGGUUGGAGUCAGUUUGCAGACUUGCAGCAGCCUGUGUGUCCGCAACAGAGUUUGUCAGUCCUUUGACUUCAGAGUCACAGGAGGGCGCUGUCUGCUUCAUGAGGUCACCUCGCUCCAGGCUCAGUCCCAGUGGUAUCCCCAGACCAGUCGAGGUUGGACCCACUACCAGAGAACCUGCCUGCAGUUUCCCACCUUAUAUCCUGGACCUCAGUGGUACAACUCACCCUGCAGCAUCAACGUGGUUUGCCCUGAACCUAACAGUCAGUGUAUGUCCGGUAGAUGUUCGUGCAGGUCUCCCUUCAUUUUGUCCGGUACUGAUGGCACGUGUCGUGUUCCUGAGUCAUGCCGAGACUGGCAGACAACAGGAAUCAGGUCAGGUGUCUACUCCAUUCAACUGCCACAAAACAGUAGCCAAAAGAGAGUCUGGUGUGACAUGGACACUGGUGAUGGAGGCUGGCUGGUGUUCCAGCGACGAAAAGACGGUUCCGUUGACUUUUACAGGAACUGGACGCAAUAUGAAAACGGCUUUGGUGACAUCACCGGGGAGUUCUGGCUGGGGUUAUCGCACCUGUACUUGCUAACCAGAGGGAGACAACAGCGACUCCGUAUUGAGGUUGGAAGAAAGAUUGGAGGACGUCGCUAUGCUGAGUACUCGUCAUUCAGAGUUGAGGGUCCUGAGACAAACUACACACUGAACCUGUCUGGCUACUCGGGUAAUGCAGCUGACAGUUUCAUGCCACUGAACGGAGGGAUGUUUUCAACCUAUGAUCGUGACAACUCUAAGAGUGUCAAAAACUGUGCCGUAGAGUAUCGCGCCGGCUGGUGGUACAAGAAGGCUUGUUUCUUUAAUGCCUGUAACCUCAAUGGCCAGUACAACUGGACUUCCUACGGCAUCGUCUGGUAUUACUACUACUGGAGCUAUGACAGCUUGCACUUCAGCGAGAUGAAGCUGAGACCAGCCUAGCUUCGCCUAGUCUCCUGUGGUUCACUGUUUACACGGUCAGUCUACUGUACACCACUGAUGAGGCCAGCUCUGCAGAGUUUGUACUAUGUUAUAUUUCCACUGUGAGACAUAUUAACAAAAUGCCCUAAAGUCUGCUGCACUUGUGAGGUGGGACACUGUUCUCAUCAAUAAAUUGAAGGAUUAUGACUAAUUGAUCGGUAUUUCCAAAACACAAUUUUAAUUUCACGUUGUAAUGUUAGUUUACACGUUUGACUAAAUGUAAUUGCUUCCCUUUAUACUCACUAUUCCCUCCCUUUAUAUGUAAUUGUGUCUUUAAUGAUGAUAACGGUAAUUACAAUAUCACAUCUAUCUCACACAAUUGUGAAACAAUAACUAUUUUACUAUUUUGUUUCUCGAACUCUUGCGUAGAGACAACAGACACUCUAGUGUGAUGAUACGUCUCUCACUUUGUCUUACCUUGUCUAUGUCUCUCUGUCUAUAAAAAAUGUAUAUUUAUAAUAAUAUAUAUAAUAUAAUUUAUAAUGUAUAAAAAUUUUAUAGGUACGGUCGUGCUUCCGCAACAGUCACAAAGUGAAGUUUACAGAGUAUAAUUAUCAAACAUGUAUUGAUUAUUUUGCUGUAUAACUGUAUUACAUCUAUUGUCUAUUUUUCUUUCAAUUAUAUUUUGUUGUAACA